AUGAAUGAUCCAUUAGAGGAUGCCAAUUCCUCAAUUGUCAUAGAAGUGUCAACUCCUCAAAAUGAAAUGGUUGCAGAAGAGAUUUCAAGUUUAAAAGAUGAGCAAGAAAAUUCUUGUGACCUGGCAGAAGUUGUGAAAGUGAAGAAGUGGUUCAACUUGAAGAAGAAGUUGGACAACUCUCACAAUGAAGAAAAACUUGACAAAAUUGAAAUUUUGAGCCAAGAUUGGCUAAUGAAUCAUGCUCAACAACUUGAAGCCUAUGGGGAUCACCAUGAAGGCAUUUCACGGAUGAUCGAAGAAUUUCUAAAAAUGCAUGUUGAGCAAAGUCAAGAAGUGGAGCUAUUUGAAAUUGCUAUCCGGAAAUUGGAGACCGAAUUGAAUGCAAAGAUUGAGGCAUGUGAUGCUCAAUAUCAAAGGGCCAUGGAUUGUAGUUUUGAGUUGGUUUCCAAUGAAGAAGAAGUUAAGAUUGAUUUUCAUGAGCUAAUGGAUCAGAUGUCAGGAGGCAUAGCAGACGAAAAUGGAGCAAAAUUGAGCAAAAAUAGGCAAAAUGCGGCAAAUGCUAGCGAGCAUAUGCGAGAAAUAUGGGAUAGUUUGGAAAAGAAAUAUGGUGAUGAUGAUGCAGGGAAGAACAAGUAUGUUGUUGGCCAGUGGAUUAAGUUCCAGAUGGUGGACAAUAAGCCAAUUAUGGAACAGGUUCAUGAGUAUGAGAACUUGACUGCUGAUCUUCUUACUGAGGGCAUGAAGAUGUGUGAGAUUUUUCAAGCCAAUGUUCUGCUUGAGAAAUUCCCACCUUUUUGGAGUGAUUACAGGAACCAACUGAAGCAUAAGAAGAAAGACUUGACUCUCCAGGAACUGACUAGUCACAUGAGGACUGAGGAGGUAAACCGUCUCAAAGAUAAGAUGGAAGCUCUUUCCCUUAAUUCUCAUAAAGCUAACCUUGUGGAAACUUCUAGCACUGUUGUGAAAGACAAGUUCAAAGGCAAACAGAAGAAAGUUCUGAAAAAGGGAAAUGGGAAGAAGAAGAAUCACUUCAACAAGCUGAAGAACCAAAUUUAG